AUACCACGAAAAGAAGUGGCUUUUUCUUGUGUCUGACACAAAGAUUUCGGUGAAUGGAGUUCACGCAUGGAAAGCAAAAGGGUUCGGAGUUUUGAACAUUCAACUUAAAGAAAAACUAAACCCAAUUUGAGUUACUGUGGGGGUUUGAGUAGAGCUCUUUCAGUCUCUAGUUGUGUUUGAGAGAAUGAGGAUGAGAGGAGUUAAAGUUGCUCUAUGUUUUGUGGCAUUUGUGUGGUAUUGGAUUUGUGGGAAUGGAUUGCUUUCACCUAAAGGUGUAAACUUUGAAGUUCAAGCUUUAAUGGGUAUAAAGGAAGCUUUGGAGGAUCCUCAUGGUGUUCUAGGUAAUUGGGAUUAUGAUGCUGUUGAUCCAUGUAGCUGGACUAUGGUUACUUGCUCUCCUGAAAACCUGGUUGUUGGCCUAGGAGUUCCAAGCCAGAAUUUAUCAGGCACUCUUUCUCCUAGCAUAGGCAACUUAACAAAUCUUCAGAUUGUUCUCUUACAGAACAACAACAUAACAGGACCAAUCCCUCAGGAAAUUGGGAAGCUCUCAAAACUUAAGACUCUUGAUGUUUCCAGCAACUUCUUGACCGGGGGAAUUCCCUCCUCUCUGGGUCACCUGAAAAGCCUCCAGUACUUGAGGCUCAACAAUAACAGUCUCUCCGGAGCAUUUCCAAUGUCGUUGGCUAACAUGACCACCCUUGCAUUUCUGGACCUGUCCUACAAUAAUCUGAGUGGCCCUGUGCCUAGAUUUGCUGCCAAAACAUUCAACAUAGUUGGAAAUCCGCUGAUCUGUGCAACAAGGUCUGAAGCAGACUGCAACGGGAUGGAACUGAUGCCAAUGUCCAUGAACUUGAAUAAUACACAGGCUGCUGUUCCUGACAGACCUAAAAGUCGCAAAAUGGCACUUGCUUUUGGUUUGAGCCUUGGAUGCCUCUGCAUGAUUGUUCUUGGAUUUGGAUUAUUUAUAUGGUGGAGGCAAAGGUGCAAUAAACAGGCAUUCUUUGAUGUUAAAGACAAGCAUCAUGAAGAAAUUUCGCUUGGGAACUUGAAGAGAUUUCAUUUCAGAGAACUUCAGAUUGCAACAAAUAACUUCAGCAGCAAGUACCUGCUAGGCAAGGGAGGCUUUGGACAUGUUUACAAAGGAACUCUCUGCGAUGGCACUGUUGUAGCAGUCAAGAGACUUAAAGAUGGCAGCGCUCUUGGUGGAGAGAUUCAAUUCCAGACCGAAGUUGAAAUGAUCAGCCUAGCAGUUCAUCGCAACCUUCUCCGGCUUUAUGGGUUUUGCAUCACACCAACAGAAAGGCUUCUAGUUUACCCAUACAUGUCCAAUGGCAGUGUGGCUUCUCGUCUCAAAGGGAAACCAGUGUUGGAUUGGGGCACUAGGAAACGGAUUGCCUUAGGAGCUGCAAGAGGAUUGUUAUACCUUCAUGAGCAGUGUGACCCAAAAAUUAUCCACAGGGAUGUGAAGGCAGCAAAUGUACUUCUUGAUGACUAUUGUGAAGCUGUGGUCGGAGAUUUUGAUUUGGCAAAGCUUUUGGAUCACCAAGAUUCACAUGUCACCACCGCAGUGAGGGGUACCAUAGGGCACAUAGCCCCAGAGUAUCUUUCUACAGGCCAAUCCUCUGAUAAAACAGAUGUCUUUGGAUUUGGUAUUCUUCUCCUUGAACUAAUCACAGGCCAGACAGCUCUAGAAUUUGCCAAGUCCACUAACCAGAAAGGAGCCAUACUUGAUUGGGUUAAGAAGCUUCAUCAGGAAAAGAAGCUUGAAAUGCUAGUGGACAAGGAUCUUAACACUAACUAUGAUCGCAUUGAGCUUGAAGAAAUGAUUCAAGUUGCACUCUUGUGUACUCAGUACCUUCCUGGUCAUAGACCCAGAAUGUCUGAAGUGGUCAGAAUGCUAGAAGGUGAUGGACUUGUGGAAAGAUGGGAAGCAUCUCAAAGAGCAGAAUCAACAAAGUCCAAAGCUUACUUUUCAUCCUCUGAUCGAUACUCGGAUCUUACUGACGACUCUUCAUUAUUAGUACAAGCAAUGGAACUCUCUGGUCCAAGGUGAACAUUUAUCCAUUUCAAAAGAAAGCAUGUCAUAGCAAGAAAUAUAGUUGAAG